GGGAAGGCGUGCGGAUGCGUGUGUGUGUGUGUGCGCGAGGCGCGCAUCAUACACACAUCAGAUACCGCAGAUCCAUCGGCAGGCAGCCGGCAGGCAGGCAGGCAGCCAGCCGGAGAAACCCCCCCGGUAGCCGGGCUGUGGGCGAGACCGCUGCUCCUCGCAAGGUAGCGGAGGAGCGUUCGGCCCCGCCGAGCACCGAUGCUUUGCAGAGCGCAGCUCCAGGGAGCCCGUCGCUGCUGAGGAGGUUGCAGGCAGCAGACCCGCGUGCCCGGGCGCCCUUUCUCCUGCCACCCGCCCACCCGACCCCAAAACGGAGGAGCCCGCCGGCCCCACCAUGUCAUCAGACCCCAGCGCCCCGCCAGCGGUGCCACCCCUGCACUCCCCCAAGUCGCCGGUGUGGCCCACCUUCCCCUUCCAGCGGGAGGGCAGCCGCAUCUGGGAGCGGGGAAACCUCCUGCUGCGGGACCUGCCCAGCCCCCUCCCCACCAAGAGGACCAGGACCUACUCGGCGACAGCGCGUGCCUCCGCCGGCCCCAUCUUCAAGGGUGUCUGCAAGCAGUUCUCGCGCUCCCAGGGCCACGGGUUCAUCACCCCUGAGAAUGGCACAGAGGACAUUUUCGUCCACGUGUCUGACAUCGAGGGGGAGUACGUCCCGGUGGAGGGGGACGAGGUAACGUACAAGGUCUGCCCCAUCCCUCCCAAGAACCAGAAGUUCCAGGCGGUGGAGGUGGUCCUCACCAACCUGGCACCCCACACGAAGCACGAGACGUGGUCCGGCCAGAUCAUCGGCUCCUAGGCGCCCGGGGGGGCCGCCAGCCGCUCAGCCCCAUGGCGCGAGCCUGCCCGGCCGCUCGCAGGAGGUGCGGGGGGAGCCGAGGCGGUGACGGGGCCGGGGCUGCCCCAGAACACGCAGGUGUUUGCGUUCGGUGUCUUUUAUAAGGUUACGGUUUCCUUUCUCUGUGUGUGUUUGUAACUGUCUGUCAAGGGGGACGGGGGAAGCAGAGCCCUCCCCUGCCGCCCCCCAACUCCAGUGCCGAGCCCCAUGUCCCCUUCCUUGCCCCCGAGGCCAUGGGGAGUGGGGAGACCGGUCCUGCCCCCAUCCCACAGCCCCCCCCGGCUCCCCUGGGCUGAGGUGGGUGCUGAGAGCAGGAGGGGACCUGGGGGAGGCUGGGGGGCAGCUUGGCUCGUCCUCCUGAACCCCGUUCCGGUGAGACUGGCACCCUGCUUAGUCCCGCUGCCUGCAGCAUGGCAGCAGGGGGGACGUGGUGGGGCUGGGGGGAAACGGGGCGGCGUGGGGCGGCGUAUCACUGUGCGGGGACGGGACGGCUGAGCCCUGUCCCCAUCACUGGCAGCUCACGGCACCCACCUGAGCCACGUCCCUCCAUCGAAAGAUCUCAGGUCAGCGGUGCCACGGGGAGGUGAGUGGCUUACAGAAAGAAAAAAAAUUAGUUUUAAGGGGCAAACGAGUGCUGGCAGGGUGCUGGGGGUGCUCGGCGUUGUGCCAGGGGAUCUGCGCCUGGGCGUGAGCAGGGGUGCGCUUGGCACCUCUGUGCUCCCUGCAGCUGCCGGGCCGGUAACGCACUUUUCUUGGCUCGGUGCUGACGUGGUUUUAGGGAGAUGGCCGCCUCCUCUUCCUCCUCCCCUUGUCCCCCCAGCCCCCUGGGGACCUUCCUUCCCACAUGCGCGUGUGUGUGUGCGCGCAUGUGUGCACAUCUGUAGCUUACCGAGGGGGCGAGGGGCUGAGGGGUUCGGGUAGCCUCGGCCAUGGGGCGAGCGCCACCGCCCCCUCCCCAGCCCCUCGGUGUAGGCAGGGUCUCAUAUACAAAGCACAAACUUCAUUUUUGGUCUUCUCCACCAUACCCUGGCCAGGCGGGCUCCCGUGGCCUGGGGAGGGAUGGGCGGCGGGACGGGGACGACAUGCACCCGGCUGGGCCUGAACUGACCCCAGGGAAACAGUGCCUGUACCCACCCUCCGGAGAUUAUCAGCAUCUUAAGGGGUUUAUUUCAAAUCACGGCAAGCAGCCCCCGCCAAGCGGGGCGGGCGAUGGCGGCCGGCUCCCCAAGCACCCACUCGGCAGAAACCGCCGGCACUGCCAGUUCUCAGCACUGAUAUGAGACGGGCAUUUUCCACCUUUCUUGCCGCCGCUGUUGCCGUGAGGACAGGGGUCUGCCAUCAGCGGGGAGAGGAGGGGGGCAAGGCUGGUGCCACGUGGGACAGCUGGGGCCCUGUGGAUUUGGGAGGACCACCGCACGCUGCCCCAGCCCAGGCUGGUGUGGGGACUGCCCCGGGACCCCACCGCUCAUCUCACUGCCAAACCGAAGCCCGGCUCACCCAGGGGCUGCUGCAACACUGGCUCAGGCCCCAGGCAUCCCCGGGACACGCAGCCAACUUGGCCAGGCAAACUUUGAUUAUUUUUUUUUUUCUCUUUUUUUUUUUUUUUUUUAAAUAAACUAAAACCCUAGACUUGUUGGUGUUUUUACAACUCUGGUGUGGUUCCCGCCUGUCUGACGGUGUGUCGACCUUUGUAACAUUGGCAAUAAACCAUUAAAAAUUACUUUCCCAUGA